UUCAGUUGCUACAAUUAAUACCUCCGUACACGAUUUACUAAUUAGAGCUCCAUCCCACCCCUCCCCUCCCCGGUUUCAAUUGGCGGCCAACAUCGUCUCGCGCGCCAACAUUGGAAACGUGAUGAAGCUGCUGCGCUAUCUCAGCAUUGCGCUGCCCUGCCUCGGGGCGGCGAACGCGAGGCCGCGCGUAUUCGAUAGCAAACACCACGUUUCAUACCACGGGCUCGACCGCAAUGGGAUUGAGGUCUUCCUCGGGAUCCCCUACGGCCAGGACACGAGCGGCGCCAACCGCUUCAAGCCGCCCAGGAGGCAUGUUCCUCUCCCCGGGACUGAGAUCGAAGCGACCUCCUACGGCCCCAGCUGCCCGCAGCAGUUUGGGCAAUGGGCGGUCCCCAUCUCGUUGGGCAACAUCACGGAUGUCUCCGAGGACUGUUUGAGGCUGAACGUGGCGAGACCGCGAGGCACACACCCAUGGGACCGGUUACCGGUCAUGGUGUACAUCCACGGCGGCAGCUUCUGGGCGGGGAACAACCAUGAUCCCACCAUCCUGCCGGACGGGCUCGUCCUCGAGUCGGUGUGGAACGGGCUGCCUGUCAUUCAUGUCGCCAUGAACUACCGCCUCGGCUUCUUUGGAUUCGCGCAGUCCGGCGCGCUCGAGUCCGAGGGUUCCGAGAAUGCCGGUCUCAGGGACCAGCGGCUCGCUAUCGAGUGGGUAAGGGACAACAUUGAGCUGUUCGGAGGCGAUCCGGGCAGAAUUACCAUCUUCGGGCAGUCUUCGGGCGGCCUCUCAGUUGGCUUGCACAUAAUGGCCUACGGAGGCACCAAGCCGGUCCCCUUUCAGCAGGGCAUCUGCCAGAGCCAGGCACUCGAGCCCGGUAUCACGGGAAACUUUACCAUCAAUGCCAUGCAGGCCCUGGUAGACUAUGUCGGCUGCAACGCGACGGAUCUUCAUUCCCUCGAAACGAUUGCCUGCUUGAGGGCACUCGACACCAAGACCCUCCUCGACGCCAGCCUGUCCACCUAUCGUGACGACCUCAACAUCGGCGACAUCUGGCUGCCCGUGGUCGACAACGACUUCCUCCCGGCCGCCCCCUCGACGCUGAUCCGAGAGGGGCGCUUCGCCAACGUGACCACCAUGAUCGGCUGGUGCAAUAACGACCUCACCUUCUUCACCGAUCCCGAGAUCCAGACGCCCGAGGACACGCGGGACUUCAUCUCCGGCUACGCCCCCGGCCUGACCAGCGAAAACGUGGACAAGCUCCUGUCUCUCUACCCCGUGUCCGACUUUGCGAGCGCGGCGACCGACACCUUGUCCGCCGAGUUCUUCCGCGCCUCCAGGAUCUUCCGCGACAUCCUCAUGACCUGCGAGCCGCUGUUUUACGCCGAACACAUCGCCCGGGCCGGCAACGCCGUCUACCUGUACGACUGGAACCAGACCAUCCUCGAGCCCUUCCUCGAGCAGAAGACGGGCCGGGCCGGCUGGGGACCCAUCCACACGGCCGAGUUCGCCUACGUCUUUGGCAACCUGUCGCAUUACGACAUCGACGGCUUCCCCUUCAACCCGUCCUGGGCCGACUACCAGCUGGCCGUCCGGGGAUCCCGCUCCUGGUCGACCUUCGCGGCCACCGGCCGGCCGGGCAGCCUGGGGGGCCGUGACACCUUCACGGGGUUCGGGCCGGCCUUCCACCGCGGGGACAACACCACCACCUACAUCUUCGUCGCCGGCGGGCCGUCCGAGGGCCUCUCGGCCAUUGACGGGCCGCAUUCGGCGCCGGCGGUGCGCGCGCAGAAGUUGAGAGAGCGCUGUGCUUUCAUCAACUCGCCCGAGAUUAUCGAACAGCUGGGGUAUUAGAAUAGAGAUGGGCUUUUCGUUUAAUGUAUAAGACGGCUGAAUGAUUUUUUUUUU